AUGCACUUUCCCCAGCCGGGGACUGCUGCGCACCGUUUCCCGGAGUCUCCCGGAAGCCCCAACAAGGAGGCACUGGUCAUGGUGCUCUGCAGCUGAGCCCGAGGACUGCGCCCAGAGAAGCCUCCCCAGCUUUCCGAGGAUGAUAUCCGGCUAAAAACCGAGACAGACACCUGUCGGGCCAAUCUCCUGGAGCCUGCUACCUGCUCUCUGCCUCCAGAUCACCAAAAAAUGGAAAUUGAGGUCUCUGUUGCAGACUGUACAAGUGUUCCUGGAAUCACCUCCACCCCACACUCCAUGGACCACACCUCCUCUUUCUAUUCAUCCUCCCACAACGGUCUCCUCACUGAUCACCAGGAGUCCCUAGAUAAUGAUGUGGCCAGAGAGAUCAGAUACCUAGACGAGGUGCUGGAGGCCAACUGCUGUGACUCAGCUACAGACGGUGCCUACAACGGAACCUCCUCCCCAGAGCCUGGCGCAGCCAUCCUGGUGGGCAGCCCAAGCCCCCCUGCCUACACCACCAUCCAGGCAGAGCCCACAGAGAGAGCAGCUUGCAGGCAGUCGCCUCCUCACAUUGAGCUCAGUCAAAGCAACUCACACGCCGUGGCAGAGGGUCAAAAGGCGAAUGGCCUCUCUCCGGGCCAGCCCAGGGACGCGCUGGGGGACAGCCUGCAGGCCCCCGUGAGCCCCAGCUCCUCGACCAGCUCACGGUGUUCUUCCCGUGAUGGGGAGUUCAUGCUCACCACGCUCAAGAAGGAAGCCAAGUUUGAGCUGCAUGCCUUCCAAGAGGACAAGAAACCCUCCAAGCUCUUUGAGGACGAUGAGUAUGAGAGAGAACAAUACUGUGUCAGGAAAGUGAGGCCGUCAGAAGAAAUGCUAGAGCUGGAAAAGGAAAGGAGGGAACUCAUCCGGAGUCAGGCUGUGAAAAAGAAUCCUGGCAUUGCAGCAAAGUGGUGGAAUCCCCCCCAGGAGAAAACCAUCCAGGAGCAGCUGGAUGAGGAGCAUCUGGAGUCACACAAAAAGUACAAGGAGCGCAAAGAGAAAAGGGCGCAGCAGCAGCAGUUGCAGCAGCAGCAGCAGCAGCCGUCCCCACCACAGCUCUGCGCGGCCCCUGCAACCUCUCGUGAGCAUUCAAGCAUGGCUGAAAACGCAAAGGAGGACAUCGUCACAGAGCAGAUAGAUUUCUCUGCUGCUCGCAAACAGUUCCAGCUGAUGGAGAAUUCCAGGCAAACAGGAGCCAAGGGCCAGAGUACACCCCGGCUGUUCUCUAUCAAGCCCUUCUACAGGCCUCUGGGGUCAAUCAACUCGGACAAGUCACUGACCAUCAAGCGCCCCGCUUCUGUCGGGGGAGUGCCAGAAGACAGCGCCACCUCGAUAGCCAAGGGGCAGAAAGCUUCCAGUGCCCUAGAGAGCCAGUCUGCAGGAGGAGGCCAGGGCAGCGCAGCUCCCCAGGGAAAGGAAGGGCCCUACAGUGAGCCCUCUAAACGUGGGCCCUUAUCUAAACUGUGGGCAGAGGAUGGAGAGUUUACGAGUGCGCGGGCUGUUCUCACCGUGGUCAAGGAUGAAGACCAUGGGAUUCUGGAUCAGUUUUUAAGAUCGGUCAAUGUCUCUUUGACCCCAGAGGAGUUUGACUCUGGUCUGGAUGAGAUGUCGGUGAGGUCCCAGGACACCACCGUCUUAGAGACCCUGUCUAAUGAUUUUAGCAUGGACAACAUCAGUGACAGUGGGGCAUCCAAUGAGACAACCAGUGCCCUCCAGGAGAACUCAUUGGCUGAUUUCUCUCUGCCUCAGACUCCACAAACUGACAACCCCUCAGAGGGCCGAGGAGAAGGCGGCUCCAAGUCAUUUAGCGAUCAUGGUUUCUAUUCCCCUUCUUCCACACUGGGAGGCUCUCCAUCGGUUGAUGACCCCUUGGAAUAUCAGGUUGGCCUCCUGGUGCAGAAUGCCAUUCAACAAGCCAUAGCCGAGCAAGUAGAUAAAGCUGCUGUGUCCAAGACCGGCAAGGAUGGAGCAGGACAACAGGGACCUCAAGCAACUCUAGAGGAAGCUGAAGCUGGGGCUCCCAGCUCGGAGAAACCUCAGAGCACGUUUGAGCCCCCUCAGGUGUCUUCUCCUGUUCAAGAGAAAAGGGAUGUGUUACGAAAGAUAAUGCCUGCUGACGACAGAGCACUCAGGGAAAGGGAGCCCUUCCAGCCACUGCCUGCAGUGCAGCCCAGUGGCCCAGUGAACAUGGAGGAGGCCAGGCCCGAAGAGGGCUACUUCAGCAAGUAUUCAGAGGCUGCCGAGCUGAGAAGCACAGCCUCCCUCCUGGCCACUCAAGAAUCAGACGUUAUGGUCGGGCCCUUCAAGCUGAGGUCAAGGAAGCAGCGGACUUUGUCCAUGACUGAAGAAGAAAUCCGAGCAGCCCAGGAGAGAGAAGAGGAGCUGAAGAGGCAGAGACAAGUCUUUCAGAGUACACAGAGCCCCAGGGCCAAAAACGCCCUAUCGCUGCCCUCCAGAACAACCUGCUACAAAACCGCCCCAGGGAAAAUAGAGAAAGUCAAACUUCCUCCAUCCCCCACAACCGAAGGCCCCAGCUUGCAGCCUGACUUACCCCCUGAAGAGGCUGCCGGAUCCCAGCGGCCCAAGAAUCUGAUGCAGACCCUCAUGGAAGACUAUGAGACACACAAAUCUAAAAGGCGCGAGAGAAUGGAUGAUAGUAGUGUCCUUGAGGCCACGCGGGUGAACCGACGAAAGAGUGCUCUGGCCUUGCGCUGGGAGGCAGGGAUCUAUGCCAACCAGGAGGAAGAGGACAACGAAUAGACUUUCUCUGAUCCAGGAAGCUUCUUUGGUGCUUGGAAUGCCAAGAAACCAAGAAAUUAACAAAUCAAAGCAUUUUAAUGGAAUAUUUAUUAAAGUGCAAACAAACUCCCGCAAUCCUUAGGUAGACCAGAAGCUGCAAUGUACAAUGAUGAGAAAUAAAUAAAUCAAGUGGAAAGGAAAUCCACCCAUCAAACUCUGACACCCAGGAGUCAAACGAGAAAGGAUUUUCUGUC